CAUUCCUUAACACAAAGUUGGUCUUUUGUAUAAAUCUUUACAACUCAUGUUGGUACGUUUGCGUAAGAUGGUCCAAGCAUCUUUAGUAGCUCCACAGAUCUACCAUGUGAUGGCGUUCGUGUAAUCGAGUAUUAUAAUUCACUCCCGUGGGUCUGACUGUUCGCGCCAUUUAUUCAGACUGAACUUGAUUUGAGGUUAUGUAUUGAAGUUCGCGCCGUUUCUGUUUCCAAUGAAUUCUUGUCUGUCUUUAGUCUGUCGAUGCGAAGUGUCUAAGUGUCUAGUGUUAAUUUAAUUUUUAGUGUGAUGUGAAGUGAAUUAAGAUUCAAUUUAUUUUCUUCUGAAUAAGAAUUAUUGAUUCUUGUUUCAAUUGAAUCUUCGUGUUUAGUAUUUUCAUGGUAUAAGUCUGGAUCUAUCUCAUUCUCAAUUCCAAAAGAAAAGCUUUCGUUUCUCGAACAAGUGAAGUGUUGUGAUGUGAUGUUGUGUGUGUCAAAAUGUCCAAAAAGAUUUAUUCACGGACUGAUAAAAUUCUAAAUUUAGCAUUGAAAGGUGAACUAAACAAGACGAAACAUGAGCCAAGAAAAAUACUAAAUAGUAUUGAAAAUAUUAAUAGGCCAUGUGUUCAAAAUCAUAAAAAAACCUCUCCCAGCUUUUUGCAAUUGUAUGAUGAAGGUAAAUGGGAAGAGUUUUACUCGAGAUUGGAUAAAAAUUAUCAUCAAAUAUUUGAAGAAAGUGACCCUGUUUCCAAAACACAGGUUAUCUUGGAUCAACCCACGAAUGAAAAUGGAGCAUCUAUGUCUUGUGUGAUCAACACUGAUGGUCCUAUCAUAGCACACACCUCAGCCCUGUCCUACACACCUACAGAACAUGAAGGGAAAUCAGCCCCGUGUCAUACACCUGAGAAAAAUGAAGAAGAGUUUGCCCGAUCCUACAUAAUUGAACGAAAUGAAGGAGAAUUGGCCUUUGAGGUUAUCUUGGAUCAACCCACGAAUGAGAAUGAAGUAUCAAUGUCUUGUGCUAGCAUCAACACUGUUAAUCCUACUAUAGCACACACCAUGGCCGUGUCCUACACACCUGGAGAACAUGAAGUGAAAUCAGCCCAAUCUCUUACACCUGAGGAAAAUGGAGGAGAAUUGGCUCUUGAGGUUAUCUUGGAUCAACCCACAAAUGAGGAGGAAGCAUCAUCGUCUUGUGUGAUCAACACUGUUAGUCCUACUAUAGCACACACCUUGACAGUGUCCUACACACCUGGAGAACAUGAAGUGGAAUCAGUCCCAUCUCUUAAACCUGAGGGAAAUGAAGGAGAAUUGGCACUUGAGGGAACAGGAAAAGCAAGAAAGAGUUUGAAUUUUGCUGGAGACAAUUCACUCAAUAAAUUCAAGAAUGUAAAAACCAAGCGAACAUUAAGAAACUGGAACAGGAGAAAUUUCUGCAUAUUCUGCCGAACACUUGUGUCUAAUUUUAGGAGACAUCAGUUGCGAAACCAUCCUUUGGAAAAAGAAGUAAUCGACUUCUUAUCUGAAUGUGACCCUGACCUUAAAGAAAGGAAACGAAAACGUCAAGCAAUAUUUGAUGAAUUGAGAAAGCGAGGUAAUUAUCUCUACAACUCAAAUAUUGAUUCAAAAUCUGAAAUUCUUCCUAUAAGGAGACCUGAUACGACUAAAAAAGAAGUAGCCUACCACAAAUAUGUCCAUUGUGUUCAUUGCCUGGGAGCAUUUUCAAGAAAGACUUUCUAUCGGCAUGAGUCAAAGUGUCCUAAGAAGAUCUUAGCAGAUGCAGAAGUAAAUACUAACUCAUUGCCUCCGUUUGAUUCUUCAAAGGCUAGUAAUAAUGUAAAAGAUUGUAGAAAUCAUGUUUUGAAGACAUUUAGUACUAUGAUUUUCCCAUCCUCUGUGGAAGAUGAAGAGUUGGUGAAAAAGAUAUUCCCUAUAAUGAAAAAAGACGAGAUCUCUUUAGUGGCAAUGAAUGAUACUCUCAUCAAAUCAAUUGCAUCCCAGUUUUUAAAAAAUCAUAUGGACAAAAAAGAUGAAUAUAAUGCAAGUAGGAAAAUGCGUGAUGCAUCAGCAUUACUCUUGUAUUGCCGAAAGGAUCCUGCAAUAAAGAAUUUGAUUGAUUGCUUUAAACCAAAACACUUUUGCUUAGUAAUGGAAGCUGCACAGAAACUCAGUGGGUUUGAUGAAUCAACUGGUGCUGUUAAAGUAAUAGGCAUGCCAGCUAGAUUGGCAUAUGUUAUUCAAGAGGGGGCUAAGUUAAAAUCAGAUACUGCCAUUCUCUCAGAUAAAAUAUCCAGAGCCACUAAAGAGACCAUAAAAACUGAAACCAGUGAGUUUCUUCAGCUUUUCAAAAACAAAUGGAAAUAUUACAUAUCAACUAAUGCAGAAAAAACAAGGAAGAAACAAACAUCAGUAACCCCAAUAAUAAUGCCAGAUGAUUGCGACAUAAAACAUAUGACAGAUUCAGUAAAAGCAAUGGAAGUAGAUUAUUAUAAUGAACUCUCUCAAGAUGUUGAUGCCAAUAAUUAUGAAAAGUUAUGCAAGUGUACUAUAGCUCACAUCAUUCUACUUAACAGACGAAGGCCUGGGGAAGUAGCACGUUCAGAAUUAAGUCACUUCUUAAAUCGACCUCAGAAUGAAUGUCCAACACCUGAUGUAUUGGAUUCUCUAACUGAAGAUGAAAGAAUGGCAUUGCCUGAAGUCUCAGUUUUUAUGGUACCCGGGAAACUUUUGCGCAGUGUUCCAAUAUUAUUAACCAAAUCAAUGGAAAAAGCAAUCAAUCUUCUUAUUACUUGUCGUUCAAAAUUACAAAUACCUCCUGAAAACCCACUUUUGUUUGCUAGGGUUUACACCUUGAACCCUUUUGAUGGUUCUAAAAUAUUAAGAGAGCUUAGGACUACAUGUAAACUAUUAAAACCCAAUUUCUUGACAGCAACUGGCUUACGUCAUCAUAUUGCUACAAAAUCCCAAGUAUUCGGUGAUCCAGAAUUUACAGAAAAAAUAUGUCAGCAUCUCGGUCAUACAUCAGAGAUUCAUAAGAAAAAUUAUAGAUUUCCUAUUCAGGCCAUGCAGAGGGGGCAAGUUGGUCAGAAACUAUUGAAGCUGGAUGGUACCUGGGAUGAAAUAAUGAAGAAAAAUUGUAAUACUGAAGCUGAUAACAGGGACAAAACACUAGAACCGGAAAUGGAUGGUACCUGGGGUGAAAUAAUAGAGAAGAAAAAUGGUAUCACUGAACCUGAAGCUGAUAACGGGGACAAAACACCAGAACCGGAACAUUCUAAUGAUCCUUCUUAUGAAUAUAAUAAAAAUUAUUCUUCUGACAGUGACAGCUACAGUGAAUCUCAAAUUAAAGGAAAAUUUCAAAGUCGGCAACUGAAAGCGAGAGUGCGUUGGUUGGAUUGUGAGAAAGAAGUGGUAAUAAAACAGUUUGCCAACUUUAUUGUACAAAAGAAGACUCCAGGAAAGCUAUUAUGCGAACAAAUUAUUAGAAAAAAUGGAGUUUUAAAAGAUAGAUCAUGGCAGCAAGUCAAUGCAUUGAUUCACAAUAUUUUUACCAAGAAAGUAAAAUUGCAUAGUAAAUUUAGGAGCUUACUGCCUGGAAACUUCAGCUUUUAGAGGUUUUUCCUCCUUUCAAAGAUUUUAAGUUUUAUUAAAUAAUUUGAAAUGAAUUUCCUUAAAUGAUAUAUAAAAUAUUAAUUAGAAGGGCACAGGGGUAAAACAGUCACAAAAUAUCUAUUUUUAGGAGAUUUUAUGUUAAGUCUAAUAGUUAAUAACUGGUCAGUAUUAUUGCUUUAAUAAAAUAUAACAAGAUCAAUUGAAUAAGGUGAAAUUUGUGAGAAGUAAUUCAAAUUACCUGAUUUAUUCAAUUGUCCAUUUCAAAGUUGAAUUGGACACUGAUUCUUGGUUCUUCCCCAGCCCAUGUUAUUUUACUAGAUUUAUUGUUUGGACUAUGAUAAGUCCACGUUGUUUAUGUUGUUGAGUUCAAACCAAGCUUUGUCAAGAUAUUCAUUUUUUUGAAAUUUCUGUCUUUUCCCCUUUUAUAUUCUUUUUCCUCUUGUAAAUAUUUUUCAAAAUUAUAAAUAACUACUAGAUAACUCUUUUUGGCUUGAAAAUAAUUUACUUGAAGUAAUGUCUAUCAAUCGAUUGGUAUUCGAAAAUUAUCUGAAAUAAAUUAUUCAAUUAUUAUUAUGAAUAGUAUCUCAAAGGGUGACUUGUUCAUCAAUUUUUGUAUUAACGACCUUGGUUUUGUGACAUUCUAUAAGAUUAUUCCAGGAUUAGAAUGAGUGAUGAAAGAACAACUGAAUUUCGCAUUAAAUGAUCCUAUACAGGAUGCAUAAAUUUUCACACACAGAGUGUGUGUAAUUGAGUGAUUGGAAAUGAAUAAAUAAUAAUAAUAAUUUCUCUGGAUGUUUAAUGACAAUAAAUUAUUUCUUAACCAACUAGUGAUUUUUGUGAGUUCAUCAAUUUUUGUAUUAACGACCUUGGUUUUGUGACAUUCUAUAAGAUUAUUCCAGGAUUAGAAUGAGUGAUGAAAGAACAACUGAAUUUCGCAUUAAAUGAUCCUAUACAGGAUGCAUAAAUUUUCACACACAGAGUGUGUGUAAUUGAGUGAUUGUAAAUGAAUAAAUAAUAAUAAUAAUUUCUCUGGAUGUUUAAUGACAAUAAAUUAUUUCUUAACCAA